AUGGCACCUAUCACCAGAGGUAGCUCCUCAAGAGCAUCCAGUGUUGCAGGAUCAACAACGAAUGUCAGCGAUGAUCAUCGACGGAAUGAACAACCAGCAGACAGCGUCAGAAGGCAAAGCACGUCCACCACCACCAGCAAACGGCCCCAGACGAGACCUUUCAGCGGAGGAGACGGAUCUGCUCCUGCAACAUGCAGAGAACUACAAAGUAUGGGAGGCAGCGAAAGAUCAGCAAGAUCGCCAAGCUUUCAAAAAGGCGACCAUCAAAGGCAAAGUCUCCCACCGAGCACUCUCCAAAAUGAUGGGUUACAAGUAUUUAAUGAACAGAACGAACCAAUGGAAUCCAGCGAUCUGGGAUUGGAAUACCUUCGAGAUAAGGAAGAAGGGCAAGCAUCAAACAGCAGGACACCAACUGAUCCCAAAUCAGAGAAAAGGCGCCAGGCAUCAGCCACUCCCGACCAUGACUCAAGGGGAGCUUACCCUUCAGUUGCUCAGGGAGGCAGGGAUAGCAGCGAGGAGUUAGAUCUGACUGUGUUGCCUUUAGAUCGGGAGUUAAUAAACCCGAUGUUCCAUCAUUUGAAGCUGUACCUGGACCCCAUUGUACUUAAUAAUGAUAAGUUGUUAAAUGAAAUACGAACUAUUGAGUCACUCGUUAAAACUAGUAAUCCAGUGAGAAAAAUUAAGUCCGUUCAGAAAGCUAUAAUGAAUUUGGUGGCGAAUAUCAAUGAUCAGGUGAAAGUCUUGAAUCAGAUAGGAGGAAUGGUUCAGAAAUUGUCCGAAAACGAUAAGGAUUCACAGGGAGAACUGCAAAAGUGGGUUAACCAGGAUGCUACUCCUAGAGCUAUUAGCGUAACCCCAGCAACGAUCACUCAUGAUCCACCUCCUCAUAUGAGAGAAACGAAGGAACACUCGAUGCACGAACAGCACGAGAGAGAGCCCUCACCUAGAAGGGCAGACACCAUGCUCCACCAAAGAACAUCUGCAGAUAAUGAAGAAAUAUGGUCACCGCAAAUAGAGACUCGCGGACAAGAGACGAAAGGAAAAGCUAGGGAAGUGACAGUUUUCGGAGAAGUAGUUAGGAGAACUACAAUUGGUAGAGAAAAACUUAUGAAUAAGCCUAACCAAGAAUGGAAAACGCAGGCGACCAGUGGAAGUAACACGGCAACCAAACCAACAGCCGUGAAAGCGACAGUGACACGUGUACCGGGCAAGUGCGAUACUUGCGGGAGCACUGAAGGAGGACAUGAUUUCCGUGCUUGCAGAAGGAAGAGCAAAGGGAUCAAUAUGCUCGAGGAAGAAGUAGAUCCAGACCCAUGUUCCCCUACAGAGGAAGAGCUAGAGCUCAUAUUCCAUGAUGACAAUGAUUCAUUGUGCGAUAACGGCGAUUAUAGAGCCGUGCAAGAAGAAUCAUCUUACACAGCGGACAUCUCAAAUCUUGAGGAAACAUUCCAGGUUUUAGACAUCUCUUGUUUGGAGGAAACUACGAUAAACCGACCAGUUUUCAUUGACAGACGAAACGUAGUAAAGAAACUGGGGAGCCCAUUUCUCAUUACUAUGUGUAAUAGUUGGAAGCUGAACAUGCUUAUUGAUACAGAUUUCGUCGUGAUAUUGGAUGCCAAUCAUGUUGAAGUCAUACUAGGAGCCAAUAUGAUGCACCUAUACGGCAUGAGCAUCGCGUAUAAUGAUAAUAUUGAAUUAAGGAUCCAUGGAACGGAUUCAGAUUUAGACAUAGCGCACCUACAAGCAUUAGCAGAAAUUCCACAACACUGGCACAAUGGAUUGAAAGGAACACAGCUUCUACUUUCCUAG